AUCCUUGAUAAGAACUCUUUGCAAAAACACCUUCAUCACGUGUCGUAAUUUCAAAUAUUUCGCGGGUGUUGCUGUUUAUGUUCGUAGUGUCUGCUAGAUAUUGACAGUUUUGAAUAUGGCUGCAUGGAAUCCCAAUGUACCACAGACCUCUCAACAAGAAUUGGAGGAAAUAAAAGUAUUACUUGAAUCAAAGCUCUCAGAUAUACAAACAGAGCUCCAGCAACUUCGUGACACUGAAGACAAUAAUCGACUUGGCCGGCUGCCAAGUGAAAAUUUAAAGCAGACUAAGAAGCUUUUGAUUCAGUAUUUGAUAGAGAGACUAACACCUCAAUCUCCAGAUUUUUUCAGAUCUGGAGAACUCAUGUUUAAAGCAGUACUUGAAAAAUUGGAAAUCCAACUAAAACAAACUACCAGGAUGAUUGACAGUGAGAAGAGAGCAUUGAAUAAAUUAAAUAAAAAACUACAAAGUUUGCAGGCACAAUCUGAAUCAUUCGACAGCAUCACGACUACAAGGCAUGAAUCAGGUGAAAUGAGACAGGCAGAGAAUCUUGAUAAAAUUGAAAAACAUCUGAACUCAGAGUUACAGAAACACAGGAAGGCACUGAAGUACAUGGUUGACAUAAACUAUCCUGGGGAUCAGGACAUGCGACGAAUAAUAACGAACUUGAUGCAGUUGUACAUUGAUAACCCAAGUGAAUAUAUUGAAUUAUCAGAGGAAGACCAUGGCAGAAUUUCAAGAUUUUUUCAAAUUGGAAUGAUUACUCGACAUCCAUAUGAUCCAAUGAAAGUGAGAUUGUCUUAUUGACAGUAAUUCACUUGCAAGUGACAAACACUGAUAAGGUUAACAGGUAUAAGAAAAUUUCGACCUGCUGUUUCCAAAAUAGGUCUUACACAUCACAUCCUUGUUGUGUGAAAGACAGUUUACUGUGUCCCUCUCAGAGAAGAAGUGAGGUUUCCUCAUAAACAUAAUUAGUGAUCACUUUUUUGAAAAGAUAAGCUGAUUACUGUGCGUCUGUACUUGGAUUGUAGCUGCUUCUGUUUUCUUUCAGGAUGUAAUAAGAGUAUAAUGUCAAUGUAUUAAUGAAUGCCCUAUGGACACGAGAUAUCUUGUGUUUUAAUAGAGGCCAAAUCACAGUAGUUCAAACAAUAGUUGAUUUCAUCUUUGAUUUUUGUGAAAUUGGGAAUGUUAGUAUUACUUUGUGCAAGCCUACCACAAAGGCCAACAGUUCUGUAAGAAUUACAAUGUGAAAUGCACUGGUCAUGUCACCUGUAUAGUAUUAACUUUUGCAGUUGUUCAGAUUAGUAAGUUAUAUUACUGAGUGUGAUCAAAUGCAAGAUGAUGAAACCUAACUCAUCUGUAACUUAAUAUAUUACCAUUUAUGUAAUUUCUUUAGUUGGUGGUAUGAAAGUCCAACAACUUUCAUGUAAAAACAUUGCUUUGUGUUCCUGUAUGGUAUAGUUCACCCUGUACUUACAUAGUUAAGUUGCAUUUAUUUUUGUACCUGUUGUGCUGUUAAAAAUGCUUUCCUCUAUCUGAAGGCUUAUAUGACCACUGAAGUGCUUCACUAAG